AUGCACGAGUGUUUAAAACAAAACCUUUAUUACGUGCAAACAAACAACAUUAACGUGACGAACAGGGUCGGAUUUAAGAGAGGGCAGAAACACAGUAGAAACAAAAGACAAAAAAGAAAUAGCCAAAACAACCUGUUCUCACAGUUCAGCACCAACAACAACAGACUCAAGAAACAUAAAACAUCAAGCUCACAAGACGAACUCUUGCAAACGAUCACAAAUCAAAAUAAGCGCAAAUGCACCAGGGUUGCCUUCACGCUGCAGUUCAACGUCCGCCGGAUUGUCCUGUUGAGAUCUGCAGUUCAAAGAGAUGACGAUCCAACAACACCAUCCAUCGAUGUAUUCCAAUUUCCAACUAUGAUUUUAUUUAUUAUUAGAAGAUUAUAG